CCCUGAUGUGACUGUACUCACUCGGCCACCGUAGUGCAAACACGUGUGAAGCUGUUUGCUAUGCUCUGUUCCUCAGUUAUAAUUUAGUGCUUAAAUACAAACUGUAAGGGUGUCGUUUCAUACGUUCAUUGAUAAGGAUCUGUUAUCAUGAGCGACAGUGACGAUGAUGUGCCUCAGCUCUCCGCGGCGACACUCGCGGCGUUGCAAGAGUUUUAUGCCGAGAGUGGAAGGACAGGACCGGAACAAAACUCCAUCAAGACCGACAAGUUCUGUGUUGGUGCUGUAGAGGAGGACUGGCGCAUGAGUCAGUUCUGGUACAGUGAAGACACGGCCGCACGGUUAGCAGAGGAAGUCCUGCAGCAGGCUGGAGGACAUGGGAGGAUAGCUUGUAUAAGUGCACCAAGUGUGUAUCAGAAGCUGAAACAGUUGGAAUCCACAAGAUCAGACAGUGUGUCCGCUGUUUUACUGGAGUUUGACAAACGUUUCAAAGCAUACGGAGAUGAGUUCGUCUUUUAUGAUUACAACAACCCUCUGUGCCUGCCUGAGGAUCUGCUCCCUCAGAGUUUUGACAUCGUCAUCGCAGAUCCUCCAUACCUGUCUGAAGAGUGUCUCAGCAAGGUGGCGCUUACCGUUAAAUACCUCACUAAGGGAAAAAUCUUGCUCUGCACAGGAGCUAUUAUGGAGGAGCAUGCUGGGAAGCUUAUGGAUUUAAAGAUCUGCAGUUUUUUACCAAAACACAAUCACAAUCUGGCUAAUGAGUUCCGCUGCUAUGUUAAUUACGAAUCAAGCCUACUGUCAUGAAAAAGGCCUUCGGUCUGACAACAUUUGAACAUUGUUUUUUCAUCAAACAUCAGCAGAUGAUUAUCUGGAGCGAAACACUCUCACUCCAAGAGUUGCAUAGCAGAUCCAGUUAUCACAGCGGAGAAUUUGGCCCUUCGUAGAUCUGGGAUCAGUCUUUGAUUAUGACUUGGCUAACUUGCAUUGUCAUUUGCAUACCCAGCUUUCAGGCAUAAAAUCGAAGCAAUUUCAGACAGUUUAACUUUGUUUUAAUGCAUAAAAUGGACUGAAAUGAAUGCUUGAAGUGCAUUUGUAUAUAAUAUAAUAUACUUUACGCUAGA